CCAUCGACUGGCUCUGGACCCCCUGGAGUGGAAGGAGGUGGAGCAGAGGGGGAAUCCCCCUCUCCCUCGCGACUACUCCACACUAGUCACCGUCAGUGACUGGUACUGGUUGUAUGGUGGCAGCAUUGCAAUGAGUGGAAAAUGAAGAGCUAUUUUCUUAUCUUAACUACAUUGACAUCACAUCAGGUCAGAUUACUGCGACCACAUUCCAUUAUCAACAACCAUCCCCCUUCCCUCUCCCCCCUUCUUCCCUUCCAUAACAAUAUUAUAUCUCCUCGAAAGAGAUUCAGAUUUUCAUUGUUUAUUGUGCAUGCAUGCACC